AUGGGCGUAGAGCUUAUGAUGAACUACGGCGGCGGCAACGCAAGCUUCGUCACCAAAAUGGAAGAGUCCGCAGUCCAAGAAGCCGCCUCCAGCCUCGAAAGCGUCAACAAGCUAAUACGCCUUCUCUACCAGCAGCAGACGCAAGACCAGAACCACCACCGCUCCUCUCCCCCUUCCUCCUACGCCGCAGCCACCCCCCGCCGUCGACAUAGAGACCGACUGCAGAGCCGUCGCUGCCGCCGCCAAGUUCAGAAGAGUUAUAUCCCUCCUCGACCGCACCCGAACCGGCCACGCCCCCUUCCGGAGAGCCCCUGUUCCUGCCGCUUCUCCGUCGACGGAGGCGGCCACGCAGUGGCUUUCACAAAUCUCAACCACAACUAUCACCACUGCCACCUCCACCAACACCACUGA